AUGAGCAAGCCCGCGGCGGCCGCCGCCGUCGCGUUCAUCACGCUUCUCGCGCGGCUCACGCUCCUGCCCGGGGUUGACGCUCAGUUCUACCAGCCCGGAGACAAGCUCCCGGCGAGCGCGAUCACCGAGACGUUCGAUGUGGCGUGGCCUCCAGCCGUGAACGACGUCUCCCUGUCCAGAUUCGACUACACCCGCAACGCGGACGGCGGCAAGUGGGUGACGGUGAUCGCCACCUUCUACUCCGGAUGCACCCCGGGGCGCGCGGACUACCCUUCUUUCACCAAGCACGUCUCCUCCCUGCGCCAAAAGGUGGCGGCCGGCUUCUUGGGCUCCGGCAACGUCGCGUUCAUCGCGUCGCUGAAGAACGGCGUCAACGACGGCGUCGCGGAGGCGUGGGCGAAGAUCAACGGCUCGGACGUCUCCACGUCAGCGUCCGACACGAACGGCGGGUUCCCGUACAUAGUGGACGACAGGCACAGGAGCCUGGUGUACAAGUUCUUCGACGCGGCGGUGCACCCGGCGUACGCCAUCGUCGACCACUGCAUGACGUACCGAGCCCUGCUACCCGCGCUACCGGACCAAACCGGCGACGACACGCUCGAGAAGACGGUGGAGCGGCUGCUGUUAAAGACGGACGAGGCGUGCCCCGUGGCGCCGUCGAGGCAAAUCGAGGCAAUCAGGCCCAAACGCGAGGUACGAACGUUCAAAGCGUCGAACGAGAACCCGUCGGCGGCGAACGAAAAGUGCGCUCCGGCUUUUGGAUCGGGGACGCCGUCGGCUCGGAGGCUUGGCGUGAGCGACGGGGUUAGGGGUGGGUCACCCCUGGCGCAGCCGCGAACGUUGGCGUUCCAUCCGAGCACGGGUGAGAUGUGGGUGGGAAACAACGACACGGAUUCGGUGACGAUCCUGCGCGGUUCGUUCGACGGCGUCAAAGGCGCGGCGGCCGUCUCGGGCGUCGUUCACAGGUUCGACCGGGCGCACUACCACUACAUGGACAAGAUGGCGGCGAUGUCGUUCAAGGGCGACGGCGCGGUCGUCACGUGUCAGGAGAGCGAGAACACCUACGACGGAAUGAAGAGGGCGAACCGCUUCAUGGGUCCAUCGCUGUACGACACCGUCCCGAAGAUUGGAAACGUCAAGACCGGGGGUUGGCCCGAGGGCAAGAACGUUUUCGUGAACGCGAAGGGGGCAAAGUGCGACCCGGAUGGUCUAUCGGACGGCACGGACAAUAACCCAACCUGUUUCAUGACCCACACGGAUAUGCUCCACGCGUCGCCCAACUGCAUGGGCGUCGCGCACGAUCCCGAACCGAACACUCCCUUCGGUAACGUCUUCUGGGUCUUUGACGGGCUCAACUCGACGCUAAUCAGGUACGAUUUCGAGCAGCCGCACGGUCCCGGAUCGCUGGAUCACUCGCUCGCGAACGUGAGGCGGUACCCCGAGAUCAAGCUCACGCGCGUCCCCGGGGUACCCGGUCACAUGACGGUGGACCCCGAGACUCGCGCGCUGUUCAUCGCGGACACGGGCGGCGGUAGGGUUCUCGCCGUCGACGCGGAUAGCGGCAGGUACGCCGCCGAGGCCAGGAACGAUCUCGGGGGUAAUUUCACGCUGUGGUCGUCGCCCCUUCCCUCGUUCGAGUACACGCUGUUCGGAUGCGCCUCGUUCAAGACGUUCGCGACGGGGAUAGACAAACCCUCGGGGCUCGCGCUCAGCGGCAACGUGCUGUACGUCGGCGAGCACGGCACCGGCAAGAUCAUCGCGCUGCACCGCACCACCGGGGAGAAACUCGGCGAGUACGCCACCGGCGCGAAGAAACUCUUCGGCCUCUCGGUCAAUCCAACCUCCGGCCGCCUGUGGUACGUGGACGGCGCCGUGAACGACGCCGUGUUUUACCUCGAGCCGUCCGCCGAGUGCGCGGAACCGGUUCCCAACGGCGCGGCAAUCGCGUGGCCGGCGUCGACCGUGUCCGAGUCCGGCACAAACUGGUGCGGCAUCAGCACCAGCGUCGCGACUCUCGGCCUCGCCGUCAAGCACAUACAACACGAGGACGGAUACCUGAACAUGACCCCGCUGGGCCCCGGGUACGGCGUGACCGAUGAGUGCAUGAAGUGCGGUCCGGGCUGCGACAACGACAUGCUGCUGAUGUCGGGGUUCCUAUGCCACAAGUGCAUCCCGGAUAAUUGUCGGGGCGGUAUCUACCCAACGUCCGCCGGAACGUGCGAAAACAUAAUCGGGGAAGGGUACAGGUGUAAGUGCGACGACGGCGCGUACGGCGAUCACUGCCAGUUCAGGGUCGUGAGCGGUAGUGAGCGAUGGGUGCCCAAUUUCGCGGGAGUGAUGCUCGCUUUGCUCGUCGCGAUGUUCAUUCACUAA